UCCCGGGCUCCUCUCCCCUGCUCGGCUGAGCGCACUCCCCCGACGCCGCAGCCCCGAGCCGGGCAGCGCGGGGCGCAGACAUGAAGGUGCUGGGACACAAGAUCGAGCUGCUGACAGGGCUCCUGCUCCACGACGUGACCAUGGCCGGCCUGCAGGAGCUGCGAUUCCCAGAGGAGAAGCCACUGCUCCGGGGCCAGGACGCCGCUGAGCUGGAGAAUUCCGACACCUUCCUCUUGGCUGUGGACACAGACUGGAAGUCGAGGCCGGUCGCCUCCCUCAGCAAGAUGCCGGAGUGCUGGGAUGGGGAGCACGACAUCGAGACGCCUUACGGCCUUCUGCACGUGGUGAUCCGGGGCUCCCCCAAGGGGAACCGCCCGGCCAUCCUGACCUACCACGAUGUGGGUCUCAACCACAAGCUGUGCUUCAAUACCUUCUUCAACUUUGAGGACAUGCAGGAGAUCACCAAGCACUUCGUGGUGUGUCACGUGGAUGCCCCCGGUCAGCAGGUGGGGGCCUCGCAGUUUCCUCAGGGGUACCAGUUCCCCUCCAUGGAGCAGCUAGCCGCCAUGCUUCCCAGUGUGGUGCAGCACUUUGGGUUCAAGUACGUGAUUGGCAUUGGAGUGGGAGCCGGAGCCUACGUGCUGGCCAAGUUUGCACUCAUCUUCCCCGACCUGGUGGAGGGGCUGGUGCUGAUUAACAUCGACCCCAACGGCAAAGGCUGGAUCGACUGGGCGGCCACCAAGCUCUCCAGCCUGACCAGCACUUUACCUGACACGGUGCUCUCCCACCUCUUCAGGCAGGAGGAGCUGGUGAGCAACACAGAGUUGGUGCAGAGCUACCGGCAGCAGAUCGGGAAUGUGGUGAACCAGGCCAACCUGCAGCUCUUCUGGAACAUGUACAACAGCCGCAGAGAUCUGGACAUUAACCGGCCUGGAACAGUGCCCAACGCCAAGACGCUCCGCUGCCCUGUGAUGCUGGUGGUCGGGGAUAAUGCACCUGCCGAGGAGGGGGUGGUCGAGUGCAACUCCAAACUGGAUCCAACCACCACGACCUUCCUGAAGAUGGCAGAUUCCGGGGGACUCCCCCAGGUCACACAGCCCGGGAAGCUGACUGAAGCCUUCAAAUACUUCCUGCAAGGCAUGGGCUACAUGCCCUCGGCCAGCAUGACCCGUCUCGCCCGCUCUCGAACCUCGUCCCUCACCAGCGCCAGCUCGGUGGACGGCAGCCGCCCGCAGGCCUGCACCCACUCAGAGAGCAGUGAGGGGCUGGGCCAGGUCAACCACACCAUGGAGGUGUCCUGUUGAAGCCCUUGGUCCCACGAAGAUGCUCACCUGCCCCCCAACCUGCAUCGACGUCCCACUGCCAUCCUUGCGCAGCUCAUUUCCCCUUUAGUUUAUUUUUGCGAGGGCGAAGGGGAGGAAAUGGGGUUACUUUUCUUUUGUUUAAAAAGAUGAGGGGAUCCGUCCUAGAUGCUGCAGUGGAACAGUCUCCAGAUGGUUUGAGGGGCUCACUCCUCCCCUACCCCACCCCCUCCCUCACCUCGUUAACUUGGCUGACUUAGACCCUCUCUUCCAGUUCCCCAAGGCCCAGGCACAGUCAGGGCAGGGUUCCAGGGAAGAAGGAGAUUAGCUAAGGAAAGACUUUGAGUCCAUCUCUGGCCAGGAUCCAGGAUAAUAUCCUGGAUUAAAGAAAGCAUGGGUUGACCCCCUCAGGCAGGCAGGUUUGAAGGUGCGAUGGGGUUUUGCGGUGGUAGGUGCUGGGACAGCAGGAACACAGGGUCCAGCUCAGGCACUGGCAUGAGAACCAGGAGACAGCAGCAGGGAGCACUCAGAGGCAGGAGCCCUGGAGCUCUGCAGGCCCCUUUCCCACCCCUGAGCCCCACCAUCAAGCACAUCUGUUUCUGACUUUAGCACCUGUGACAAUCAUCUGAACAGUAGCCACAAGGGGGCGCUUCUACCGGACAGUAGUUUUCCUGGUGCUCUCUGGGUGGGCCUGGUGCUGUAGGGCCAGGCAGGUAGGGGCUGAAAGGGGUUUCUCUGCCCAAGGAAGACAGAACACAGAGGACCUUGAGGGCAGGAACCCCACAGACUGUCCCUUCCAGCCCACAGUCUGCCACCUCCUGGCCCUGUCCCGUUUCUGAGCCAAGGCCCUGAGGCAGAAAGUCACCUGGUCCUCUGCCUCUAGGGAGCUGACUAGGGCUGAGGUUAAAGGCUGGGAUAGCCUUUGAGUGUUGGGUACGCUUCUGAGAACUUCGUGGUGACUGCCUUUGGAAGCCAGCAGGCAGUGGUGGCUCAGAGUUCCUACAGAGUUCCCCCAGAGACCCCCUUUUCACCCCUAGGUUCCAUGGAGGACAACUUAAUCAGCAGCAGCAUGGCCAAGGCCACUAGAAACAUUUCUAGGGAGAGUUCUAGUCAAGCUAUGCCAAUGUUUCACGUAGGCAUCACUGAGAGAGUUCAUUUGGAGAAAACUGGCCCAAAUUAGCAGGACUUGGCAGUCCCAAAUCACCAUCCUAGCCAGUUGGAGUAGGCUCAGGCUGGGGCUUGCUGGGUCCUGGGGUGGGAGGUGACGUUUCCUGAAGUGAACAAGGGCCAGGCAGAGGAGAAAGGCUCCCCCCACACACCCCAACCCCUUCCAGCCAGCUGAAGCCCAGGGCUGUGCCAUAUACUUCCUGUUCAUCCACCUUACUGGGUAGAAUCUCCUGGCCCAGGAACCAGAAGCCAUUUGUCUCUGAGUUGCCACAAAUCAGUUGCCACAAGCCCCCAGACGAGUAAAAAAGAGGAGAGAGCAAUGAAAAAUGCAG